GUUCAAACUUAUUUCACAGUUAUAUACCGGAGACCACUUUCAGGAACAAAUCACCCCUUAUAAAAUUGAAUACACCAAAGUCGUGUGUGUAUAUUGCGUAGAUCUGGAAUGCAGGGAAUUAAACGAGCUGCGCUUAACCUGACGGCAAAGGCAUCCCCACACGCCGAGCUCGGUAUGGUGGUGUAUGAACAGAAGUGUUAUCACGAUGCCUUGUUGAAGAUGAUAUCGUCGAGAACCAACGUUAUGUCAGCUAUGUUAAAAUGGGUGGCGAAAGAAGAGAAUUUUGCGAUUAAAGAUGUCUACGCUAGAAUGGCAGAGUUGGAAUGGAUGUGGUCUAAAGUAAUGCACGACUACUGCAUACAGAACGCGAAUUACAGAAAAACAUUUAAGACGUUAAUCGGAGAAGAAAGGGCCGUGGAUGAAUACCGUAAAUCAUUCGCCACGUGUCGGGCUAAAGCCGACCAAACACGGAAACAGGCAGAGAAGUAUUCAAAACAGAAGAGAGGCGAUUCAACCAAACUGAAGACAAUAGAUGCAGAAUUGGCCGCGGCAUACGGAAGAGAAGAAGAAGCCGGUGCGGUAUUUGAAAGAAGGCAGAUGCAACUUGAAAAACAGAAGGCAUCUAUGAUCAGAGAAGCAGCAGUGAUGUAUACAAAUUCUUGUCAAGAAAUAGCUGAAAAAAUGGUUGAGAUUUUUAAGGCCCAGGGCGAAUUAGCCGAUCUGAUUCCAAUUAUUCCAACACAACACAGCAAAACUAGAGUAUAUCACGGCCCAGAAAAAAGUGAGCAGAUCGUUAAGCAAUUAACUGCCAAGUUGGGAUUGGAAAAUAUGCCUAACAUGACAACGGAUCCUGCCUAUUCUAGCGUAUACCAGACUUGGGAUGAUCAGCCCAACGAACCUGCUCCAACUUCUUUGUUUUAUACCCCUCAACCAGAACUAGAUACAAGCAGUCCAGGCAGUCCGGUACCGCCUCCUCGUCCUGUGGAGUCUGUCACGAAUGCAUCUCAAGAUAAUAUCGGAAAUAAUGAUGAUGACAGUGGCAGUGACAGUGACGCUUACACAGAACCUAACGUAUUCGUACCAGGUUUAGUUGCUGCCAGCAGAGUACCGUCUUCUAAGUCAUCCAUCUGCUCCACCACCACCGAGACCGCAUAG